AUGGCGGGCGUAAACUCGCGUUUCGCUCAAGUUUCAGAAGUAGAAAUUUUACAAAUACAAGACAAGGCUGUGCCUGAGAAUACAAAAAAGGCAACUAAGUAUGGACUGAAAGUUUUUAAAGGUAAGAGAAGACUCUAAAGUGUUAAAAAGUGUUUGGGGUUUUAUUUUGCUGACAACUGCCAAUAAGCUUGAGUAACAUUCAUAACUCUUCACAUCAAAAAUUUGUUACAAUAUGAGUAAAUUCUUUGUAGAUUGGUUUUCCCAGCAAGAAGAAUUUACCACAGAUAUAGAAGAGAUGAACAAGGAGGAGUUAAAUAAAUGCUUGCAGAAAUUUUAUAUGUCUGGAGGAAAACAGGACGGAGGUUACUACAAUAAAGCAAUCCUUACCUCGAUCAGAGCCGCCAUAUCAUUGAUCGGCACUUGCGCAACGAGCCACACAACGAGCCAUUUUCAAUAAUCAGCGACAGCCAGUUCACGGAAGCAAACAAAGCUCUAAAUUCGUUUCUGAAAACUCUGAGCAAGUCAGGUCAAAUUUGUUCUACAGUCCACAAACCCGCACUAACAACCGAAGCAGUUUCAAAGCUCUACGAAGCCGGCGAACUAGUAGAUGCAAGACGCCUCGAUCCACAAAAGCUACAACAAACAGCGUGGUUUUUUUAUAACCCCCUACUUUGGUCGAAGAGGAAGGGAAAACCAGCGUCAAUUGACAAAAUCAAGCCUAAAGCUCUCCAAAACCCAAAUUCCGGCCUGGAAUAUUUUAAGCUUAACAGAGAAACGCAAGGAGGAGUCUUUUCAACCAAAAAUCACCAAGGUAGUCUAAACGGCACCGACGACCCAUCCGAUGGUAAAAUGUUCGAGGGCAAAGGGCUCGCUAUCUGUCCAGUAGUAGUAGUGAAGGCUUACCUGUUCCAUUUAAAUCCAAAAUGUGAAGCACUCUUUCAGAAGCCUUCAACUGGUCCUAAAUUUAAACCGUCUUCUUAUGUCAUUUGGUAUUCAACACUUCCUCUAGGCCAUAAAACGAUCGACAGCAUGAUGAAGAAUAUGUGCCUCCGAGCU